CGUCAAAGCUAUUUUCUAUUUAUUUACAUAUUUAUCAAUAUUUACAUUAUCAUAAGUGCUGCUAGUGGUACUGGUAGUUAGGUUUUAUACUUCACUUGCAGUAGUCGUUAAUGCACGUACGCAUAAGAACGAAAACGAUUUAAUGGUUUAGAAAUUCUUAUUGGUAUUAGGCUGUGGUGGGAGAUGGAACAAUUGGAGAAUGGAAUGGAAUAUGUUAUUUAGCUUAGCAAGUCAGUCGAGACUGAUAUCCCCUAGUCGAUUGUAGUCUCUUUCUUCAACUUUCGAUUUAUUAAAUGUGUUACGCCAUAUAUUUCUAGUUUAUUUCUUUGUGUUUUAUAUAAUACUAGUAUAUUUAUUAAAGUAAAAAUGGAGCGAAAAUUUUUCAAUGUUAUUUUACUCGGUUUCGGGUUCAUGUUUGUUUUUACUGCUUUCCAGACUAUGGGAAAUAUAGAGAAAACCAUACUGGACAGUAUAACGCAAGAUGACAGUUCGUUCACCGGUGAUGGAUACACAUCGCUGGCCAUCAUCUACGCCACAUUGGCGGUCUGCAACUGGCUGGCACCCUCCGUCAUCACCAUCACCGGUCCUAGAGGCGCGAUGUUGAUUGGCGCCUUCACAUAUCUAUUCUUCAUAGUAACAUUCCUGUUCCCGCGCACAUGGCUGCUGUACGUAGCGAGUGUGUUGAUAGGCGCUGGCGCGGCCGCCAUCUGGACAGGCCAGGGAAACUACCUCACUCUAAACAGCGACGCAGAUACCAUCUCGAGGAACUCCGGCAUCUUCUGGGCUAUGUUGCAAUGCAGUUUAUUCUUUGGAAAUUUGUUCGUGUUUAUAAAGUUCCAAGGCAAAACGCACAUAGACUUGGAGACACGUAACGUAGUGUUCGGCGUGCUGACCGCGGUCUGCGCGCUGGGGAUGGUGUUUCUGUUGCUAUUGCGGCCCAUCAGGCGCCCACAAGUACUUGAUGAUGUUAAGGUGAAAUUCCAAGAGACUGAUGUUGUAAGCCACGAAGACGACGGCCCGAUGGAGGCUUUCAAGGGUGCUUUGAAGUUAUUCUGCACACGGGACAUGAUGUUCCUUAGCUGCACAUUCAUAUAUACGGGUGUGGAGUUGUCCUUCUUCAGCGGUGUGUACAGCCCUAGUAUUGGGUUCACAUUGUCUAUGGGAGAGAAUGCUAAACAACUGGUCGGUUUGUCCGGAGUUUUCAUUGGAAUGGGAGAGGUUUUAGGUGGAGCUCUAUUCGGUAUUCUCGGAUCUAAAACGACCCGUUGGGGUCGCGACCCUAUUGUGAUAAUGGGUUACAUCAUCCACGUGACCAGUUUCUUCCUGAUCUUCAUCAAUUUACCAAACGUUGCACCUUUCGGAGACACAAUGGAGACUUCGUACAUCAACCCUUCUCCAUACCUCGCGAUGUUCUGCAGUUUUCUGCUAGGAUUCGGCGACGCCUGCUUCAACACACAGAUAUACUCAAUACUGGGAGGAAAUUAUUCUGAUAAUAGUACCUCCGCGUUUGCAUUAUUCAAGUUCACCCAGUCGCUAGCGGCGGCGGCGUCCCUAAGAGAAUUUACUCCAACUAAAGUGCUCCCAAGGUACUUUUUUGGCUCUGGAUAA